AUGGUGUUCAUGUUCCCCAUUCUGCUCGCCUCCCUUCGUGCCAUCGGCGUGGCUGUGACAGUCAUUGUCGCGGGGAUCCUGGCGACCCGUUUCAAGGUCUUGACGCCUCCGGAGCACAGCUGCAUGUCGAAACUGUCCAUGAAAGUGGCCAUGCCUGCUCUGGUGUUUUCACGCAUCCUCUAUUGCAACCAGUGUGCGGACCGGGCCGACUGUCCUCGUUGUGCUCCGUUCUCCGAGAUCAUAAGAUCAAGCUGGAUUCUGUUUCUGCUGCCUUUGGUGGUAGUUGGGCUUGGAACCUCUCUCGGCAGAGCAGUGGCCGCAGUUGCCGAAGUGCCCUCGGACUUUCGACGAGGGACCAUCUGCGCAGUCGCUUUUGGAAACUCCACCGGCAUGCCAGUGGUGCUGCUGACAGUGGUGGGUCAAUCCAUGACGGCUUUUGGGAACGGCCCCAUUGGACAUACCGACCCCCUGCUUCAUCUUCCCGCCUAUCUGAUGCUGUACCCUGUCCUUCAGUGGGGCAUUGGUACAUGGCUGCUGGCCCCUACAGCAGACGAAGAGAUCACGCUGACCAUCCCGCCCCCUUGCAAGGGGACGUUGCCUCGACUCUGUGGAGCCGAAGAGGGCUUCUACUACAUGGGCCCUUUAAGGCAAGCCCUGGAACAUGCCUUGGUGCCGCCAGUGCUUGCAGCUUUGGCCGGGCUCUUGGUCGCCUUGUCGCCCUGUCGAGGGAUUCUGGUGGACCUCGCUGGCCAGGCCAACGACGCGCCUCUGGAGUGGCUCUAUGAUGGGAUCUACAAGCUGGGGGAUGCUGCGGUGCCGCUGAACUUGCUGAUUCUGGGGAGCUCCCUGUCGCAAGGCGCCGACUUCGAGGCCCUACCUGUCAGGGUUGGCAUGGCGAUCACGGUCUGCAAGAUGGUGGUCAUGCCCCUCUUGAUGAGCUUGAUUGUGUAUGGCCUGAUACGCCUCGUGGAUGGCAAGGAUCCGGCCAUGUGGCUCGUCGCCCUGAUUGUGACCUGCACACCAACUGCAAACAAUGUGGGUAUCAUGGCACAUCUGGGCGGCCAAAAAGUCGAAUCAAUGGCGACUGCCAUUUUCAUCCAGUAUGUCUUUGCCCCGGUGCUCAUAGCUAUGUCACUGACCUACUUCAUGUGGCUAUUAUCUUCCGAAUGGUACCUGCCGGCAUCGUCGGUUUAG